AUGGAGGAGGGCGAGGCGGUGAAGCCGACGAGGAGCUUCCGCUACGAGGACUACAGCACCAGGCGUGUGUUCCUGCACAGCUACCCGCUGCAGUGGGACUGGUCGCCCGCCGGCAGCAGGCGGUGGAAGAGGCAGGUGGUGGCGGCCGUGACCGAGUGGGGGGAAGACAAGCUGCUGCUGCUCCGGAGGGCCAAGAAGCGCCUUGCACUCUACCUGAUCGGCUGCCACCACCAUGGCCACGGCCGCCACGCGCUGCCCUUCCCGUCGGCCGGCGGAUCCUGCACCGUCGCCAUGCUCACCUCCAGAUGA